AUGGAAGUAUUUGAUAAAGGUGAUGACCUCAACGACAGCAGCGAAGUAUUUGAGGAUGCGACUGAAGAUACUGGCUUGGACAACUCUAAGUUAAAUAUUUCAGGAAUUCUACCACGUGGUAUGCCAGAAUGUGAGAUUAAUUCUGCGGACACCAAAGACUUUUUAGCAGGCAACCUUACAAUAAACUACAACGUGACCGAGGAAGCGGCGUUUCUCCAGAACCCUCACAUUGCUGUGGGGGGUUACUACAAACCUUCCAAAUGUCAGACAAGGCAGAGGAUUGCCAUCCUCGUUCCGUAUAGGCACCGUGAAGAAAAUUUGGCAAUAUUUCUCACAAACAUCCACGAGUUUUUGAUGAACCAACAGAUAGAAUACCGAAUCUUCGUUAUCGAACAAAGUGAGAAAUUCAACAAGGGCCGGCUGCUCAACGCUGGUUUCGACCAGCUCAAGGACUAUUGGGAGUGUUUCAUAUUCCACGACGUGGACCUACUGCCGCUGGACCCUAGGAUCCUCUACACCUGUCCGAAGUAUCCGAGAUACAUGAGCACUAAGGUCUUCGCGGGCGACAAAAUCGUCAAGUUAACCGAAUUCUUUGGCGGCGUAACAGCAAUGAGGGACCACCAUUUCCAGGAGGUGAAUGGCUACUCCAACAGGUUCUGGGGCUGGGGCGGCGAAGACAAUGACAUGUAUUGGAGGAUACGUAUGACGAAACUGCCUAUAAUGAAAUAUAAUAAGGACAUAGCGCGAUACAUUAUGUUGCCACACGUCCCUCCAGAGAAGAAUCCGAAAAGAUAUGAAAUACUAAACAGGUAUUCAAAAUCGCGAGCGCACCUCAUAGAAGACGGGUUGUCAACACUGAAGUACAUAGUUUCAUACAAGAAGCUGUAUUCUCUCUUCACGCAUAUUGUAAUAGACGUCAAUCCUUAUAAAGAUCCUGUUGAAUAA